AUGAACUCCCUUCUGGGGGAGAGCACCUUCAUGCCUCCCCCGCCUCUCCCCCUGUACCUCCAACAUGACUCCCAGGACCCAGGGCACCUCCUGGGGGACCCCUCUUGCUUCUCCUCUGAGUACUCCCUGGACCCUCCUGGCCUGGCCUACCUGCACUUCCCUCACCACAGAGCGCCCCCUGCUGCCUCAGCGCUGCGUAACGACCUGGGCUCCAACAUCAGCGUCCUCAAGACCCUCAACCUCAGGUUCCGCUGCUUUUUGGCCAAAGUUCACGAGUUGGAGCGACGCAACCGCCUCCUGGAGCAGCAGCUGCAGGGGGCGCUGGAGGGAGGUCGACUGGAGGAGGCGCAGAGGCUGAUGACCCGAGAGGUGGGGGUCCAGACCGGCUUCAUAGCACCCAUCCUGGCCCGCCCGGGGUACAUCCCCAUUGGAAAUGACCCGGCCUACCUGCCUGGGGGCAUCCUGUCACCCACCCUCAACCCUCCCCCUCUGCUGUCCCCUAACCUCAACCCUCCCCCUCUGCUGGAAACACACCGACUCCAAACCACAGACUGCAGUAGUCCCAAUCGGAAAGAGAUGCGCUUCCUGCCCAAUCUGUGGUCAAUCAGGAGCAGGAGGGUCUCACGCACUGGAUCUGGACCGGCCUGGGACUGUCCCGAUGGAGUCGGGGUGCAGAUCGACACCAUCACACCAGAGAUCAGGGCACUGUACAAUGUGCUUGGCAAAGUGAAGAGAGAGAGGGACGAGUACAAGAGGAGGUGGGAGGAGGAGUACACGGCCAGAGUGGAGCUGCAGGACAGAGUGGCUCAACUCGACGACGAGCUGCAGGAGAGUGAGGUGGUGCAUGACAAACUGUCUCUGAGCGUGAAGCAUCUGAAGGCGGAGCUCGUCCUGUUCAAAGGCCUCGUCAGCAGCAACCUGUCAGAGCUGGACAGUCAGAUCCAGGAGAAGGCCCUAAAGGUGGACAUGGACAUCUGCAGAAGGAUCGACAUCACGGCAAAACUCUGUGACGUCGCUCAACAGAGGAACAGUGAAGACAUGUUCCAGGUCUCUACUCCACCUUCCACUCUGGUGCGUCGGACCAGGAAGCUCAGCGGCCAAUCAGUGAGGGCAAGCACUGACGGUGACGAGGUCAGCAGCCUAUCAGAGAGCGAGGGGGGCGGGCCUAAAGACGAGGAGUCCAGUGCUUCAGCCAAUCAGAUCAGCGAGCAGGUUCAGCGGAUGCUCAACCAGCUGAGGGAGUGUGACUUUGAGGACGACUGUGACAGUUUGGCCUGGGAGGAGACUGAGGAGACUCUGCUGCUGUGGGAGGACUUCCCCGGGUCUGUACCAGCUGAGGCUCAGACUGAGCACCAGGAGGAAUCCAUCGAGAAAGUGAUAGACGACACAGAGUCUCUGUUCAAGACCAGAGAGAAGGAAUACCAGGAGACUAUCGACCAGAUCGAGGUGGAGUUAGCGACAGCAAAGAGCGACAUGACGCGUCACCUGCAGGAGUACAUGGAGAUGUGUACCAUGAAGAGGGGUCUGGACGUCCAGAUGGAGACCUGCAGGAGGCUCAUCACACAUACAGGGACCAGGAAGUCCCCUCUGGUCCUCCUGGCUGCAACAGAAGACUCCAGCGUCGACGACAGAGAGAAGAAGAAACCCCCGGACCUGGACUCGCAUAGUGAAUGUUAG